UGGCAAUUAGCAUAAAAACUGAAAGUUGACCAAUAGGAUUGCAGCGUGGCUUUCACUCCCUUGUCGGUUAAAAGCACAGGGACAAUCCCUGGGAUUUAGCAUCCGUACCCGAUAUUACUCCCUGAAUCAGAACCGGACUUCGCCUUGUUCUUAGCAAUGGCUUUCCACAAAGCAUUUGACAAUGCAGGCAAAAAGCCAGGACUCACCAUAUGGAGGAUCGAGAGCAUGAACCCUGUGCUAGUCCCCGAGACACAGCAUGGGAACUUUUACACUGGUGAUGCCUACAUUGUCCUUAACACGACUUCGGAUUUUAAGCAUAAAAUCCAUAUGUGGCUGGGAAAUCACUGCCAAAAGGAUGAAUCUGGAUCUGCUGCCGUGUACUGUGUGCAACUGGAUGGAAGUCUGCAAGGUGCUCCUGUGCAGUUUAGGGAAACACAAGGCAAUGAGUCAAACCAUUUCCUGGGCUACUUUAAGAAUGGAGUUGUGUACCAGGAAGGAGGUGUUGCAUCUGGUUUCACACACGUUGUCACCAAUGAGGCCAGCGUAAAGAGGGUUCUGCAAGUGAAGGGCAGGAGAAAUGUGCGGGCCUGUGAAGUGCCUUUCUCAUGGAAGAGCUUUAACAAGGGAGACUGCUUCAUCAUCGAAGCUGGAUCUAAUAUUUACCAGUGGAAUGGAUCAAAGAGCAAUGUUUAUGAGAAGCUCAAGUGCUGUCAACUUGUUUCAAGUAUCCGUGAUAAAGAGAGAGGAGGGCGCUCCAAGGUGCAAGUGUUGGAAGAAGGAUGUGAGCCCGCGGAGGUCAUUGAGUUACUGGGUCCGAAACCAGACAUUCCAGACGCAGUUGUUGAAGAUAGCACUGCUGAUGCCCAUAGCAAGCAAAAGGCCAAACUCUACAUGAUCUCUGAUGCCAGUGGGGAGUUGAAGUUAACAGAAGUAGCUGCGGAGAACCCAUUUAAAAUGGCUCAGCUUUCUACCAACGAAUGUUACAUCCUUGACAAUGUGUCAUGUGGUCACAUAUUUCUGUGGAAAGGAAAAUCUGCUAGCAAGUCUGAACGGAAGGUUGGAUUUGAAACAUGCGAGUUCUUCAUUAACAAACAAGGAUAUUCAAAAAAUACACAGAUUGAAAUUCUCGCAGAGAAUGGUGAGACACCAUUGUUCACUCAGUUCUUUUCCGACUGGAAGGUGGUAGGCCAGACCGAAGGGCUUGGGAAAGUGUACACUGUUGGCAGUGUUGCCAAAAUCAAAUCCGUCCCCUUUGAUGUCAAGAAGCUUCAUGAAUCGCCAGCCAUGGCCGCACAAUACAACAUGGUGGAUGACGGGUCGGGCAAGGUCCAGAUCUGGCGGAUUGAGGGGUUCAAGAAAGAGCCUGUGGACCCUUCAUCUUACGGGCAGUUCUACGGUGGAGACUGCUACCUUAUCCUGUACACUUACAAGUCGGGUGACACAGAGAAACAUUUAAUUUACAUUUGGCAAGGCAGCAAGGCCACAACAGAUGAACGUGGAACAUCGGCUGCCCUUGCAGUUGAACUUGAUCAGCAGAUGAAAGAUUUGCCUGUCCAGGUGCGGGUCACUCAGGGUCAGGAGCCUCCUCACCUGCUGAGCAUAUUUAAAAACAAACCAGUCAUCGUGCACCUCGGAGGGACCUCCAGGAAGGGUGGCCAAACCUCUGCGGCACCAGUGCGACUUUUCCACAUCAGGCUGAGCUCAACGGGAGCUUGCAGAGCCGUUGAGGUAAAUAGUGAUGCCAAGUCUCUCAACAGCAAUGAUGCGUUUGUGCUGAAGACACCUCAGGAGACAUAUAUUUGGAAAGGCAUGGGUGCUAGUGAUGGUGAAUUAAAGACUGCCAAGAUGGUGGCCAAUGUUUUGGGGGGAAGUCUAAAAGAGAUCCAAGAAGGAAAAGAAUCAGAAAGUUUCUGGAAAGAGCUCGGUGGGAAGAAGGAAUACCAGACCUCUAAAUCACUGAAAAAUGAAGUUGCUACUCACCCAAUUCGUCUGUUUGGAUGCUCAAACAAAACGGGGACAUUUGUUAUUGAGGAAGUCCCAGGAGACUUCACACAGAACGAUCUGGCAGUUGAUGAUGUUAUGCUGUUGGACACAUGGGAUCAAAUCUUUCUUUGGCUUGGCAAGGAGGCCAAUGAAGUGGAAAAGUCAGAGUCCCUAACAUGCGCAAAGAAAUACCUGGAAUCUGAUCCGGCUGGACGAGACAUGGGGACUCCCAUCAUUACCGUGAAACAGGGAAAUGAGCCAUUGACUUUCACUGGCUGGUUCCUUGCUUGGGAUCCAACCAUGUGGGAAAUGAGCCCUCUGCAAAAGGCUCUAGCUAAGUUCCAGGUGCAGUGAUGUGAAGGAAAUACACUGGUGCUCCCUCUCUGCUCGUUCACAUAUUCUAGCUGCAAUGCAUUGAAGCCUUGGGUUUGCCAGUGCCAGUAGAAAUUCAGCAACUUACUCCACAAUUUAAGGAUACGUGAGUGAAUGAGUAUUUAAUUCACUCAAUUCAGCUAAAACACAUCACGAGUAAUAAUCGUAAUAAUCACAGUGAUGUACUUCCAAGUUUCCCCUGUUGUUGGUUCAGACUUGUUUUUAGAAACUACAACAUGUUCAACGGUUCUAUUUAAUAUCACGGAAAGUAUACAAUGUACAACCUGAAAUUCUUACUCUUCAUAGACAUCCACGACAUAGGAGAAAGACCCCAAAGAAUGAAUGAUAGGAAAAUUGUUAGGAUCCAAAAGACCCACCCCUUCCUAUACUCAAGCAGAACCAAACAUUAACCCUCCCCCUACCCCUCCUCACAUUCUAGCAAAAGGGAUUUGCCUCCUCAUCACUCACCAGGCAAGCAAUAGCAAAGUGCCAAAAGAGACCAUGGCCUACAGUGCAUCAAAGACCACUGUUCACCCAGCAGUUUGACAUCCCUCAGUGUCUCUCCCCUCCCCCUCCCCAUCCCCCACCCCCACCUCUACUCACACACUCACAGGUAUCACUCCUGCCAUAUGUGCACCAAAAUUCAUCUAUUGAAAACUAGUUAUUGAUAGACCUAGAACAAUAAUUCCUUCCAAUGGUGCUGUAAUUCUGACUUAACUCUUGACCAGAUGAAGUCCAUGAAAGUAAGUCGAUCCAGUGUUGCACGUGAUAUACUCCAGGCUAUUCAUAAUCAAAAUCAUUUGAAAAGUUUUCACCACCUCUUGCAGUAAAAUAAUGGGACAAGAACUGUGGAAGUUGGGUGUUUAGUAUGUAGGGAAUGUAUUUGAUACCCCUGCAGUAAGUUGGUGAGGGGAUGUACAGUAAAUGUUUGUGACUUGGAAAUAGAUGUGAACGGACCACCACUCACUCAUUUAACAUCACUGUCUACUCUGGCAGUGCCUUAUUCACUGGCAAGCACUUGGAGUCAGCAUCAUAUACAGGUCUGAAGAUGCUUUGGUUGCAUGCUAAAUUUUAGCCUUAGAGGUGAUGCAACUUUGAAAAAAAUAUAUUGCUUUUGCACAACAUCGUGAAUUUACAAAGAAUAUUCUGAACCUUUGUGGCCUUGAAACUGAAUUUCUUUCCACUUGUGGGGGGUGUACUUGAGCAAUGCAGUACUGGACUGUCUGCUGUCACCUUUCACUGCCAGCAAAUGACUUUACAGUUCUUGCAGACCGUAGGGAAAUUUUAGGGGUGGAUUUUAGUAAGGCUUUUGCGGGAAUUGCUUGGCUCAGAGAGAAAAAAAUAUAUGUGUCCAGAUUCUUGGUUUAUUCUUAACUUGAAUCUUAAUAAAGUCUUUUUAUUUGGAAAAUUA